UAUCUUUUAUGUUUCCAGAAAGUGUACAAACAGGAUGUUUAUCUACAAUCCCAAAAAGGGAGACUGGAAAGAUCUGGCACCAAUGAAAACCCCUCGUUCCAUGUUUGGAGUAGCAGUCCAUAAAGGCAAAAUUGUGAUUGCAGGAGGUGUCACGGAAGAUGGCCUUUCAGCUUCAGUUGAAGCUUUUGACCUCACAACCAAUAAAUGGGAAGUAAUGACUGAAUUUCCCCAAGAAAGAAGUUCCAUCAGUUUGGUCAGCCUGGCUGGAUCCCUAUAUGCCAUUGGCGGUUUUGCAAUGAUUCAACUGGAGUCCAAAGAGUUUGCACCCACUGAAGUCAAUGACAUAUGGAAGUAUGAAGAUGAUAAAAAAGAAUGGGCUGGGAUGUUGAAGGAAAUACGUUAUGCUUCAGGAGCUAGUUGCCUGGCAACACGUUUAAACCUGUUCAAACUGUCUAAACUAUAACCGAGAAGGUAAAAAAACAGAAUAGAAUAGGAGGUGGUUUGUUUAAAAAAUAGGGCUUUAAUUUAUUCUGUCUUUUAAAAGCCUACACGGAGAUUCAUGCAGAAAUUAUUCACUAAAGUAUUGUCCAAAAGAUUAAAAGUGGUUAUCAAAAAGUUAUUGAGUCUUCAAUAUAAUGAUCAGAGUUUAAAACCAUUUUUUAAUAAAAAUUAAAUGUUGGACAGAUUA